GGCUGAGCACCUGCUGGAUCUGGCCACGCAGAGACAGAUUCGUUAUUAGUGAGUGGGGAUCAUUGUGCGCAUUGAAGAGCAAGAGAGUUUGGGGGACAGAAGUUACAGGCAAGGUCAAUGUCCGACCAGCUAGCGUCGCAGCCGCUGCUGCCCGCGCUGGGUCUGGCCUCGGUCAUCGUUCUGGUGCUCUCCAUAGUGGUCCUACUGUAUCGGCAUCGCAGCAGCAAGCCAGGGGCCGGCCGCAAGGCCUCAAUAUUCCUGAACGGCGAGCAGGCAGCCAACAAGGAGGACGACAGACCGAAGGUCUGCAUUCUCUUCGGCACGCAGACCGGGACUGCGGAGAGGUUCUCUAAGCAAUUGAAGUCGGAACUGGCAACACGGUAUGGCGAGGGAAACCGGUAUGAGGUGCUGGACAUGGAGGAGUUCAAAGCGGAGGAGCUGCACAAGGAGACAGUGGUUUUUUUCAUGAUGGCCACCUACGGCGAUGGAGAGCCGACAGAUAAUGCAGCAGACUUCUAUGGGUGGCUCCUGAAGGCCUCCUCGGAUGUGGACAAGGGAAUAGGGAACGGCAAGCUCUUGGAGGGCGUGUCCUUUGGCGUUUUUGGCCUGGGCAACAAACAGUACGAGCACUUCUGCGCUGUGGGCAAGCGCGUGCACAAGGCGCUGGUCAACCUAGGAGGUCGCGCUCUGGUGCGCCGCGGCGACGGCGACGAUGACGAAGACAUCGAGGCCGACUUUGAGUCAUGGCGGACGGAGCUGUACGCCUCCCUGGACAAGUCUGAUGUGCUCGCCAAGAGCACGACUGGCGAGCCAGGAGUGACACAGAUCGUGGCGGCGGCAGAAACAGUGCCCAGCUACCAGGUGGAGAUCCUGACUGGCGCGGACGCGGCGGGGGCCGAGGAUGUUUCCACUGAUGCGCCGGUGUCCGGCAACGGCACCAGCAAGGACUCACCCUUCCUUGCGCGCAUCGGGGUGGUGCGCGAGCUGCACUCGCCGCAGUCCGACCGCUCCUGCGUCCACAUUGAGCUGGAUGUCAGCGGCUCUGACAUCAGCUAUGAGGCUGGAGACCACGUGGGCAUCCUGCCAGAGAACAGCAGCGAGUCGGUUGAGCGGGCGGCAGCCGCAUUAGGGUACCCACCAGAGACAGUGUUCAGGUUGAGCGUGCCCGAGGGCAACCCCCAGAAGAUGGCGCAGCCCUUUGCAGGUGGCGCGAUCACGCUGAGGGCGGCACUGGCGCGGUAUGCGGAUCUGCUGUCGCCGGUGAGUAAGCCGGCGCUGCAGGCGCUGACAGCAUUUGCGGACGGCGAGGAUGCGGCGCGGCUGCACCGGCUGCUGUCGCCAGAUGGCGCCGCGGAGUACAAGGCGUGGCACCAGCAGAGCCGCUGCCUGCUGGAGGUCCUCGAAGAAUUCCCCAGCAUCAAGCCCCCGCUGGGCGUCUUCUUCGGCUCUGUUAUGCAGCGGCUGCAGACGCGGUUCUACUCCAUCUCAUCGUCCCCCCUGCCGCACCCCAAAUCCAUCCAUGUCACCUGCGCCGUCGUCCUGGAAACCACCGCCACAGGGCGGGUGCACGAGGGCAUUACGUCGUACUUCUUGAAGCAAAAGGCGCCGGGCGCGCGCGUGCCGGUGUUUGUGCGGCACAGCAGCUUCCGGCUGCCGCGCGAUCCGGCCGCGCCCAUCGUCAUGGUCGGCCCCGGCACCGGCCUCGCGCCGUUCCGCGGCUUCCUGCAGGAGCGCGCCGCCCUCGCCGCUAAAGGCACCAAGCUGGCCCCGGCGUACCUGUUCUUUGGCUGCCGUAAGCGCGCGCACGACUACAUCUACCGCGAGGAGCUGGAGGCCUGGGCGGCGGACGGCACCAUCACCAAGCUCUUCGUGGCCUUCUCGCGCGACGGCAAAACCAAGGAUUACGUGCAGCACCACAUGGCGCGCGAGUCAGCGCUGAUCGCCCCCGUUCUUCGCGAGGGCGCCGGCGCCGGCGGUCACUUCUACGUGUGCGGGGACGCCAAGCACAUGGCCAAGGAUGUUGCGCGGGCGGCGGUGGCAAUUGUGGAACAGGCGAAUGGCGUGAGCACGGGACAGGCUGAGGCCGUUCUCAAGCGCAUGUCGGACGCCGGCCGUAUCCAGAAGGACGUCUGGUAG